GCGAAGAGGAAGUGGAGAAGUGCCGCGCUCUUCAUCCCACCGGGCCGAAAACGCGGAGCACCACCACUUGCUUGUUCCUCCUUCGUCUCUUCGGUCAAAUUCAUCUCCAUCCAUCCCCGCUCACAUCCCGUCUGGGGGUUCCGAUUUUCGACUCUCUUGCUUCUAGCGCACUUCCGAAUAUCCUAUUUCUACCUCCGCCUUACUGUCGCCUCACCCUUAUCACAACAUGUCUGAAUCACGACUAUAUUCCUUUUCCCCCGAGACCAAAGAAAAGCUUCGCAAGUUUCGCUUGGGAACCUCCCGCGCCAAGGAUCCGCAGGCCAUCAUUUAUAUCAUCGAUAGUAAGAGCCAGGAGAUCAGACCUGAAGAUGGCGAGGUUUACUCCAAGAUGGAGGAUCUAGCCGACGAGCUGCCCGAAUCGUCCCCUCGGUUUAUCCUCCUCAGCUAUCCCCUUACCCUCGCUUCCGGCCGUCUCACCGUUCCUUACGUCAUGCUCUACUACCUCCCCGUGAACUGCAACCCGAAUUCGCGCAUGAUGUAUGCGGGUGCUGUCGAGUUGAUGCGCAAUACGGCGGAGGUUAAUCGGGUGAUUGAGGUGCAUGAGGAAGAUGAUAUUAUCUCGAUCGAGUCGAAGCUGCAAAACGCAGAUUAGGGAGAUUUUAGAUUAAGGAUCGUUGGUCUGUCAAGCUGGUUUUAGGCCUUUCUAUAUUGGUCAUUCAUGACGCCUAUGCGUUUACUUCAUAAUUAUAGUGCUGGCAUUGUAUACAUGAUCAGGUUCG